AUGGCUGCAACGGUGGUAGCUGCUGUUGACAGUCUAUCGUCACCUGAAGACCCAGUUGCAUUGGGACUCGUCAAUGACAAUCGCCGUCGAUCCAGUACCAAUGGCCGUGACACAGGCUCAGCAAAGCGACAAAGGAGGUCUUCCGAGUCGUCGCUGGUCCACAGUUCCCACACCCCCCGUCAAAAGAUCACUCGGGCGUGCGAUCACUGCAAGGAGAAGAAGACUCGCUGUACAGGGACCAUCCCUUGUGUAAGAUGUACCCGGCUGUCGCUUGCAUGUGAAUAUAAUGCCGCCUACUCACGCGGCCUGCCUCCCGAACCCUUGCCCGCUUCGGCCGACGACCACCAGCUCGGUCCCACCCGUGCUGUCGAAGGGCCGAGAACGCGCCGCUUACAUCCGGUGGCUCGAUCCUCGCCACGGAUUGGAUCAAGCUUACACCACGACCUCGAUGGUCGCAACAAUAACCUCAUCUCCCAACGCAACUCACCGGACCCCGCCGUGACCGAUUUGGAAGGCAACUACCUGGGCCCGGCGUCCGGCUUGUCCUUCCUCAAUCGCGUCUGGCGUCGCCUCCACCACGAUGAGAAACGGACGGUUCCUGAUACGCUGCAGAAUGGGGAUGAAUGGCCCUCUCAGAAUACCUCGGUGUUCAUGUUUGGGGAUAAACCUUACUCGGCCCAUCCCGGCGCGGGGUUCACGCUCCCCUCGUACGAGAAGGCGCGCGAGCUGGCCACCACUUACUUUGACUUGUCCAUGGUUACCUAUCGCUUCUUACAUCGUGGCAGUGUGGAUGAUUGGCUUCGCCAGGUGUAUGAAUGUAAUGUUUCCGUAUCGAAUCCUCCCUCGGGGGACAUGGUAGCGCGGACGGCCAUAAUCUUUAUGAUUUUCGCCGUGGGCACUCUUGAGCAAUGGUAUGCGGCCUCCAAGUCUAUGACCUCACUCGAGUCAGGAGCUCCGCGUUUAGAAACUGUCCAGGCGAGACUGGGCCAAUGUUUCUAUCUACUGUCUUCCUCCAGAGCCAAUGAAUGCUGGUACUCCUUCGGUACAACCCUCCAGCUGGUGACAGCGCUGGGUUUGCACCGAAGACACCGAGGCAAGCUUUCCCACGAUGGCAACUCCUAUUUGGAUCGAGAGCUUCGGAAACGCCUUUUCUGGAGUACUUAUACUUUGGAUAAGUAUCUCAGUGUCAUGUUUGGAAGGCCUCGGUUGCUCCAUGAUGAAGACAUUGACCAGGAACUCCCCGAUGAAGUUCAUGAUGAAGACAUCCUGCACGGGUGUCCAUCGGCGAGACCAGGCUUGGGUGAUUGCAUGAUGACCGCCUCCAUUCUCCAUUUUAGACUCGGUCGUAUACUUGGUGAUGUCUCGCGGCAGUUGUAUACUGUCAGCCCUUUGUCUCGAGAUGCGUCAUUCGAGACGGCUGCACGUCUCAUGACGAAGCUGGAAGCGUGGAAAGCGGCCACUCCUCCACUUUUCAAUGGUGUAUGUGCAACGAGCCUGAUCCCUCCGCUGUGUCGCCAGAGUCAAGUUCUGCAAUUGGCCUACUCGCACGCAGUCAUUCAUACCACCCGCUCCUUUUUGCUCAAUGACUUCACGGAUCUGAACCGCACGCCGCAGAGCCCACAUCCUACGGUUACGCACCAUGUGCUCAAGUGUAUCGAGGCUGCCGAGCAAGUCAUGAGGUUAGUGGAUAGCUUAGCCAAACAGCGAGUCCUGAUCCAGUCGUUCUGGUUUACCCACUACGAUAUCCACCGCCUCUAUUCACUGUUCAGCCUUGCGGAAGCCUGCCAACAGCAUCUGGCAGAGGUAACGCGGAGGAACUCCCCCAGUCGUCGCUACAGCAUCAUCCUGGAAGAGCUGCGGCGUGAGGUUCGUAGACGGAUCGGCUCAUCCAACGAUACCUCUGAAGAAUUCCGGGCUGUCUUCUUCCAAGCUCACGGCUCAGGUGCGGAGCACGGGCAGAUGUAUACGGCUAGUUUCUAUCCUUCUAGACAGCUGGAGGCUGGUUCCUUCAACUAUCAAGGUGGGUUACAGCCGACUAAUUUCACACCGUCGCCGUUGGACUCCGAGAUGGACUUGAGCUUUCUGGAUAGCCUGGAAGGGUCCCUCCUUUGGACUCAGAUUGACUCCUGGGACGACAAUGCUUCUCCCCAGACAUCACAGUGGGAGCCAUUGACUAUUGACGAGCUUGUCCGCCAGCGCGCUUCACUCAGUAAAUCUCAGCCCAUCAUUUCAUAUCCGCACAAUGGCACCAAGUAUGUUGAUUAUCCCCUGCGCCAACUUGAUGUGUACGCCUUCCGUGUCUCCCAAGUAUUGGCCAAACGCAUUCCACCUCGGAACUCUUCCGCAGAGACUCCAGCUGUCGUGUCGCUACUUGGACCUUCCGAUCUCAACUACCUAGUUAUGCUCCUGUCGUUGGCCAAGCUCGGUCAUUCCGGCCUGCUGCUUUCCACGCGGAUAUCGAUCGACGCCUAUGUGUCACUACUGGAAAGAACCCAGUCAAGGCACAUCUUCAUCCACCCUUCCUUCAGGGUUACAGCCGAAGAGAUCAAAAAGCGUCUUCCCGACUUGCUUAUCGACGAGAUCCCUACCCAGGAGUGUUACGACUUCCCGGUCCCGGAUGAAGAGAUUGACACCAACCUGACACCAUAUCUGGACCCCGCCGUAGAGUCCAAACAUAUCGCAUGGAUCAUCCACUCCAGCGGCUCGACGGGGCUCCCGAAGCCCAUUUUCCAUACUCAACAAGCAGCGCUGAAGAACUAUGCAGGACACAUGAACAUGUCCGGGUUUGUGACGCUGCCGCUGUACCAUAAUCACGGGAUCAGCUGUCUCUUCCGUACGAUUCAUGCUGGCAAACAGCUGCAUCUCUACACCGCCAACCUGCCGCUGACAAGGCAAUAUCUUCUUGAUAUCAUGGAGUCCAACAACUUCGAGAUCUUCUAUGGCGUCCCGUAUGCUCUUAAGCUGCUUGCGGAGACGUCCGAGGGAAUCGCUGCACUUUCCAAGUUCAAGGCAGUCAUGUUUGGCGGGUCGGCUUGUCCGGACUCGCUGGGUAAUUUGCUGGUUGAGAAUGGGGUGCACCUUAUUAGUCACUAUGGAUCGACAGAGACCGGACAGUUGAUGAUGUCUACAAGACCUCGAGAGGAUAGAGGGUGGGACUGGCUGCGUCCAUCGGAGUUGGUGCAGAAGUACCUGCAAUUUGAGGAGCGAUUCCCUGGAGUGUUCGAGCUUAUCUGCCUGGACGGCUGGCCUUCCAAAGUCACGUCCAACCGACCCGAUGGCUCGUAUGCUACUAAGGAUUUGUUUGUCAAGCAUCCUACCAUGACAGCAUACAAGUAUUAUGCGCGUUUAGAUGAUACGCUUGUCCUCGUCAAUGGCGAGAAGGUGAACCCGCUCGACCUUGAGGGGCGCGUUCGGCAAAGCAGCGCAGUUAGUGAAGCCGUUGUCUUCGGCGCCGGCAAGGCCUGCAUUGGUCUGGCUAUCAUUCGCGCCCCUGACUCUCAGUCCAUGUCUGAUGAGGAGGUCGUGGACGCGAUUUGGCCUGCCGUCGAGACAGCGCACGAGUCUAUGCCUGCAUUCGGCCAACUCUCGAAGAACAUGGUGCGUGUCUUGCCGGCGGACACAAGAUACCCUCGCACGGACAAAGGCACCGUCAUCCGACAGGGCUUCUACCGGGAAUACGAGCGCCUGAUUGAAGAGGCCUACGAAGCCGAAGACGCCAUGACCGGUACUUUGGUGCUGCCGGAGGCGGGGCUCAGGUCGUUCCUCAGGGAGAAGCUCCUGGAGAUCCUCCCGCUCAAGAAUCAGGGUCAGUUGACUGACGAUGCGGACUUUUUCGCCCUGGGGAUGGACUCAUUGCAGGCCACGCAGCUGCGCUCUGUGAUAUUGCGGAAUAUAGACACGGACGGGCAGAAGCUGGGACUGAAUAUCGCGUUCGAGCAGCCGACGAUCCGCUUUUUGGCUCGUUAUCUCGAUAAUCUCAUGUCCGGUGCUACCGACAGUGGUGAGUCGAUUGUUGGUCAGAUGCAGGCAAUGAUCGACAAGUAUAGCCAGUUUGAGGAGCAUGUGCCGUGCGCGAAUGGGUUGGAAGGGGGGUAUAUUCUUGUCACCGGCGCGACAGGCUCCCUAGGAAGCCAUGUUGUGGCCCAGCUCGCCGCGGACGAGGACGUCAAGAAAAUUUACUGCCUCAUUCGGGCUCCCUCUACCAUCGACGCAUACACGCGCCUUCACAGAUCGCUACAGUCGCGCCGCAUCUACGACUCUCUCUCCGCAGAAGCACGCAGCAAACUCAUCGCACUCCCCUCCGACCUCAGCGACCCCCACCUCGGCCUGUCACCAUCCGUCUACACCAGCCUAACCACCGAGCUGACAACCGUCAUCCACUGCGCCUGGUCGGUCAACUUCAACCUGACCCUCCGCAGCCUGGAGCGCGACAACAUCGGCGGCCUACGCCAUCUGCUCUCGCUCUGCCUCAAGACCCAGCGGCCCCGCCCGGCCACCUUUAACUUCUGCUCCUCCGUCAGCUCCGUCGUCAACUCGGACACUAACCCCGUCCCGGAGACCCUCCCAUCCUCGCUGUCCGCCGCACAAGGCAUGGGCUACGCCCAGUCCAAGCUCGUCGCCGAACACAUCUGCACCCGCGCCGCACCCCAUAUGGAGAUCCGCAUCCUCCGCAUUGGCCAAAUCAUCGGCGACACGCAACACGGCAUUUGGAACACCACCGAGGCCAUCCCGCUGAUCCUACAGUCCGCGCACACCGUCGGUGCCCUUCCAGCCCUAGACGAAGAACCCCUCUGGCUCCCCGUCGACGUCGUCGCCCAAACCAUCCGCGAUAUCUCGCUCUCCUCAGCCCCAGCCCCAUUACCAUCCCCAUCCCCACCCGCAGAAACAAGCAAGUCUGAUAAGGAAGGAAUAAUCUACAACAUCGUCAACCCAACUCCUUUCCACUGGACAAGGGACCUCCUCCCGUUACUCCGGAGCGCAGGUCUUACUUUCGAGGAGCUCCCGCCUAAGGACUGGGUGCAGCGACUCCGCGAGCAUCCAGACCCCGUCCGUAAUCCGCCGGCCAAGUUAAUGGACUUCUUUGCUGGGAAGUAUGAUUUUGAGGAGACGGUGUUGGCGGCCCGGCGGAAACUGAGGUUCCGGACUGAGAGGGCGAAGGCUGCGAGUGAGGCGUUGGAGGCUGUCGGGUCCGUGGUUGAUAGGGAGGGGGAGUUGGUGAGGAAGAUGGUGGGGUGGUUUUUGGGUGUUGGGUGGGUUUGA